CUGGGAGCUCGCCGCCCGCAUCCCCGCUCGUCCCGUCGGGGCAUGGGGCCUUCCCCAGACCUGGGCCCGCCCUGCUGGGGCCUCAGAAGCGACUCGGCUCCGCCUUGACGGACCAGCCCGCUUGGUGCCGCGGCCCCAGGAUGAAGGGCGGCGAGGGGGACCCGGGCGAACAGGCCCCGCUGAACCCGGAGGCCGAGAGCCCCGCGGGCUCGGCCACAUACCGGGAGUUCGUGCAUCGCGGCUACCUGGACCUCAUGGGGGCCAGUCAGCAUUCGCUGCGGGCGCUCAGCUGGCGCCGCCUCUACCUCAGCCGGGCCAAGCUCAAAGCCUCCAGCCGCACGUCUGCCCUGCUCUCGGGCUUCGCCAUGGUGGCCAUGGUUGAGGUGCAGCUGGAGAGCAACCACGAAUACCCGCCGGGCCUGCUGGUGGCCUUCAGUGCCUGCACCACCGUGCUGGUGGCUGUGCACCUCUUUGCACUCAUGGUCUCCACCUGUCUGCUGCCUCACAUUGAAGCCGUUAGCAACAUCCACAACCUCAACUCUGUCCACCAGUCUCCACACCAGCGACUCCACCGCUACGUGGAGCUGGCCUGGGGCUUCUCCACUGCCUUGGGCACCUUCCUUUUUCUGGCUGAAGUUGUCCUGGUUGGCUGGGUCAAGUUUGUGCCCAUCGGGGCCCCCUUGGGCACAUCAGGCUCAAUGGGACCUGCCUCCCAGCUGCCUGAGACUCUGCCGCCAGUGGCCACCUCCCUUAGUCCAGCUUCCAAGCCAUCCUCCGCUUCUGUAGCCCCGUCACAGGCUGAGGCCCCUGAGGCCUGCCCCCCACGGCAAGCAUGUGGCAGUGGUGCGGCGCAUGGACCAGGCUGGCAAGCCGCCAUGGCCUCCACGGCAAUCAUGGUACCUGUAGGGCUAGUGUUUGUGGCCUUCGCCCUGCAUUUCUACCGCUCCUUGGUGGCUCACAAGACCGACCGCCACAAGCAAGAGCUAGAGGAGCUGAGUCGCCUGCAGGGGGAGCUUCAGGCUGUGUGAGGCUGGUGUUAGCCCAAGGCUGAGAGCACUGCCUGCCCCAGGGGUCAGUCAGAGACCCCGGAUCUACCAAUCCCAUUCUGCGGCCCUGCGUGGAGCCACUUCCUGUGGCCACUCUCAGGUAGAAAACAGAUUCCUGCCCUCAGGGUCCUUUGGGCUGGACCUUGGGGCAGCUCCCACGUUCCCAGGGAUUCUCCCUGUUUAGUCUGCCCCAUGGGUUUUGGAAGCUCUACUCUACACCCAGGGGGCUGGGAGGAGAAUGAGAGUUAAGUGGAAGGUCCUCGGUCCAAGCUCCUGCAGCAGGUAGAGGGGAGGCGGGGAGACUCUGGUCAGACCUUAGGUGCUCUUAGCCACUUGCCCCCAUACAGAAUGAGAACGUCAGAAGGAUACACACCCAUCCAGUUGCCCCAGAAGGCAGCCAAUCCUUAUUUUACUUUUGUAGAACCUGUUUUAUGGUUGGCUUUUUUUUUUUUUUGAAGCUUUCCCCCAUCCUCAGAUUUUGAUUUCCACGCUCUCGCUUUGGCAUUUGGGUAGAGAGGGAUUUAGGUGUUUCUCCCCCAAGCAUAGGUCCAGCCUUUCCAAGGGAGAGCUUCCCUAUUUGGAGGAGGUUCAAAUGCCUGCCCCACUGCCCUAGACACACAUUCAUGCUUCUAUAACUGAUUCCUACUCUCCUGGUCCAGGGCUGGGGGUGCCGCGUGGCCAGCCUGACUCCCUAGCAAGGAUUGGGGUGAUAAGGGAGAAGGUCCAUUCCAUAGCCCUUAGAAUACAGAACUAUUCUGACACUGAAUUUUUGAU